GAACAACCCGCAACAACAAACCACAAACGAUUUCUUUAUAUGAUACCAAUGCAUGUAUGCAGGACACGUUUGCCAAAACAGUGCCAAAAACAAAUGGAAUAUCACAGAAAGACUGUAAAGCAUCUUCUGGAAGUCCCUCAACCAGGCAUUGCAGCAACUGGUGUCUAAAUAUACUUUUACUACUUAGCAUACUGUGAGGACGCCAUUGAAAGAGUGUGCUUAUUGCCCGAAGAAAUUUUUCAUGAAGUUGUUAGUGAGAACAACCCGCAACAACAAACCACAAACAAUUUCUUUAUAUGAUACCGAUGCAUGUAUGCAGGACACGUUUGCCAAAACAGUGCCAAAAACAAAUGGAAUAUCACAGAAAGACUGUAAAGCAUCUUCUGGAAGUCCCUCAACCAGGCAUUGCAGCAACUGGUGUCUCAAUAUACUUUUACUACUUAGCAUACUGUGAGGACGCCAUUGAAAGAGUGUGCUUAUUGCCCAAGGAAAUUUUUCAUGAAGUUGUUAGAAUGGUUGGUUCCAGAGUUUAUGUAGGAGGUUUACCCUAUGGGUGCCGUGAAAAGGACCUAGAAAAGUUCUUCAAAGGCUAUGGCCGGAUCAGAGACAUAUUAUUGAAAAAUGGCUAUGGAUUUGUGGAAUUUGAAGACAACAGAGAUGCUGAAGACGCAGUGUAUGAACUGAAUGGCAGGCCUCUCAUGGGCGAAAGAAUCACUGUAGAGCGAGCCCGAGGUACUGACAGAUCCCGAAGAGGAUUUGGUGGAGGUGGCAGAUUUGGAGGUGGUGGAGGCAGGUAUGGAGGUGGACGUCGGCGUACUCCUGAUACUUUCAGGUACGGGCCACCGAGAAGGACAGAUUACAGAGUCAUCGUUGAGAAUCUAUCCAGUCGCAUCAGCUGGCAGGACUUGAAAGAUUUCAUGCGAAAGGCUGGAGAAGUCAGUUAUGCAGAUGCUCACAGAAUCAAUCGCAAUGAAGGAGUCGUUGAAUUUACCUCUUACUCAGAGAUGAAAACUGCCAUUGAGAAACUGGAUGGAACUGAACUCAAUGGACGUCGCAUUCGUUUGAUAGAAGACAAACGGAAGUCCCGCAGAUCCUACAGUUCAUCAUCUCGCUCAAGGUCUCGUUCCCGAUCUCGCUCCAGAUCCAACCGCAAUAGGUCUCGUAGCCACUCCAAAUCUGCCCGCAAGUCCCGAUCGCGAUCUCGCUUACCAGCAAAGAAGCGCGACUCAAAAUCCCCCUCAAGGUCUCGUUCACCAGUGGCAGACAAAUCAUCACGAUCACCAUCCAAGAAGCGCUCCCGAUCUCGUUCUCCUGCUCCUAAGAAACACUCGCGAUCCAGCUCCUCGCACUCCAAGAGCCACUCAAGAUCUCCUGUUAAGAAACGCUCCAAGGCUCGUUCACCCUCAGCUGACAGUGAUAGGCGCUACUCUGAGUCACCACGCAAAGACCGCUCUGCCAGCCCAGGCAUGAAGAAUGGAGACAGAUCCGGCGAUGAAGAUUAAACUGUGAUCAAACUCAUUACGAGAAGUUCUUUGUGAACAGACACACAGCAAGGAAGCAAAAUUUUAUGGACAAAUGAGACCCAAAACGGAACAAAGUUUGGAAGAUAGUGUUAAUAUUCCAGAAUUGCUUUUUCUCCCCUUAAACUUAGGUAUUUUGAGUUUUUCAAUCACGUAAUAAUAAUUAUUAGUUCUGUAUAGUCCAGUCCUUGCUCAUGUCGGGAUCUGUACAACUUGUAUAGAAAGUAUUUACAGGGGUGCAGAAUUAUCUCAAUAGUGUUUUCUAACUCAGUGUGGCAACUUCACUAAAAGUGAGUAACACAUUAGAGUUAAUUUGCUAACAAUCAUAAGUCUCUCCCACCCCCACUUCUCAUUUUAUGAGCAUUAUCAGGACUUGGAUCUUAUCACAGUAUUGUUUUUGACAUACAUUGACGGAUAAAAAAAGAAUGACACAUCCUUGUAGGAACCUUGAGAGAGGGUCCCCCCCCCUUUGCUGUAGAAUGGUAAUGGUUUUUGCCUGUGUGAAAUCUUAAAAAAAUCACUGAAUUGAUUUGAUGUCAUUUUGUGCGAUACAACUUGAAAAUCGUGUUUUUCUUAAUUUGUCGGAAAUUUGAGAGUAAUGAAAAUGCUGUAUCAUCAAACACUUAAUUUUCUCCUUUUUGUCCUUCAUGCUAUGUUCAGAGUACUGAACUUCAAGCAUUUCUUCUCUGCCUUUUUGAUUUUAUUUUUGAUUAAAUUUAUAAUUACUGAUAUUAUGUUUCCAAUGAGUGUUAUCUCUGUAUUAGCUCUUAAUGUGUAAUCUCUUUGCAUUGAGUUACCCGCACUAUAUGUUACAUACUUGCUUGAAAAUGUUGUAAAUCAAAAUUUAUGUUGCUCCUUCCUCGUUUGGUUAAGUUUACGUAACCUGCAUCAUUCAUCACAAGGUCAUUUGAGCCUACAGUUUCCACUUAUGAGAAAAACUUGAUCCCUCUUUUCAUUAAUUAAGAUUUAUUUUCAUAUGUUUAAUAUUUUUUCCUCUAAAGAGACUUAUCCUUGAAUAUUUCUUGAUAUUCCAUCACGCUAGUAUGUGAAAGAGUAAGUGCGAGUAUUCAGUAUUUUUAGAGAAAGAAGAAUGUGUGUAUUUCAAGCAUUUAGUGUUCAAUAUGCAAAGUAAUUACUUCUGACAAGAAUUUCUGUACU